ACUCUUCUUGUUUCUUUCUAGAUAUGGUGGAGACGAUGGUUAGUGUUGCACCGAGCCACGAGCAAAGGGCCGACACGCCUCUCAGUUUAUUCCAGCCGAAAAAAGACAAAUGAUGAACCAAAGUCAACACUUUUCAUGAAAUCAGUACGAGAGGUACAACGGUUGUCCAGUAAAAUAAAGAGGUCUGCCAUUGCAAUUCUGACGAGAGAGGAUUACUCUUGGGCGCUUUCCUUUGAAACAGAUGGUGAUGCCGAAGACUGGCUUAAUGUGGUUCUAUUGGAACACCAGAAGAGAGGUGACGCUAAGUUCUUCACAUCUCCAGGAAUCCACAAGCAGAUCCGGUCUGACUUGAAGGCCGACCAAUAUGAUGUUUAUCCGGUCUGUCCAAUGGCAUACACUCCACUGGGAGAUUUCCACGGGGAAUGCCUGAUGGUCCUUACACCAGAAACAAUCCAUCUUCUUGAUGCUGGACAACCAACCUGUUGCCUAGCAACAUGGCAGAUGAAACAACUGAAGAAGUUCCAACUGAAUUCUCGCUGCCUCAGUUUGGAGGUCGGCAA